AUGGAGAACCAGACUCCCCGACGGCCCGCGCCAGCGACAGCAACCUCUUCCUCCCCGACACAAAAAUAUCUAAUCGCCUACAACGCACUAUGUCUCGCACUGUGGUCGACAGUCACACUCCGCGCAAUCCUACUCAUACCCACAUUAACUGCACUCGGCAAGCUUGAGAACCUCCUGCCUGCCCUCUUCCCACUUCUCAAAUGGACACAGACGCUCGCGCUUCUCGAGGUGGUACACUCCGUCCUUGGCCUUGUUCGAGCCAGCCCCGUUACAACCGCCAUGCAAGUGGCGUCCCGGAUUUUGUUGGUGUGGGUGGUGCUUGAAAUGUAUCCGCAGAUCGUGGUCACGACAAACGUAUAUGGCAGACAGGAAGCAGGGUCGACGACGGGUCCGAUUGCGUUGUCAGGAAUGAUACUUGCUUGGGGAAUUACUGAGAUUAUUCGAUACGGCUUCUUUGUCUGGAAGGCGGCUAUCAGUGAACGGGUGCCCAGGGCCUUGACGUGGCUGAGGUACAGCACGUUUUUUGUCUUGUACCCCACUGGCAUUACGAGCGAGUGUUUGCUCAUUUGGUUGGCUUUGGCACCUGCGGCAAAACAGGGAAGGGGGAUCGAUUUACUGCUCAAGGUUGUCCUUUUCAUCUAUGUGCCGGGGAGCUAUGUUUUGUAUACGCAUAUGAUGGCGCAGAGGAGGAAGAUUAUGAAGGGGAAGGGGAAGGCAAACUGA